UGAAAGACAAAGCCCAGGGUAAAGUAUUCGAAGAAUUUUCCGAGCUAACAACACUCGCCUCGGCUCGGACAAAACCCCCGCAGUGGAAGUGAAGCGCAGGAAGAAAAGGCCUCUUACACCCAGACAGAAUGUGUUUUUAAACUUCGGCAGUCCAACAGCGUGGAGCUGUGUUUAUGUCAGCCGAGGAGCGAGGCCGUUUUCUCAGCCAUUUACUGCCGCAUUCGCCUAGCUAGCUAAUUAGCUAAAAUAGUCCUUCUGGACUCGUCGAGCUUCCUGUCGCGGGUUUGUCUGGGUGGUCUGUAAACACCCUGGAUGUGUGUUAUUCCGGACUGAAAAAGAGAACAUAAGAGACGGAAUGGUGCAGCCGCAGCCCGAUGGCCCCAUGCAGUGGGACAUGUCAGGAGAGGACAGUGCCGGGGCCCUCAGGGUCCCCCCAGAGCUGGCUGGUCAUGAGGUGGUGUCCAGAUUACUGUGUGACAACCAGCAGCUCAGAGAGGCACUACGGAGAAGCAACCAAGCCCUCCGCCUACGCUGCGAAGAGAUGGAGGGAUGGCAGCAAAGAACCAGAGACGAGCGAGAGUUUUUGAGUUGUCGCUUCCAGGAGGCCAGGGCCCUUGUGGAGAGGCUGGCGCAGGAGAAUCACUCGCUAAGGGUCACAGCGAGCGGGCCGGGCUCCUCCCCUUCUUCCGGUGUGUGCUGCAGCUCAAGUCAGACAGAAGACCAGCAGGGGCGUCCAACUGUAAACGGGCCGACGGAUGGAGCGCAGACUCUUGAUCAGUGGGAGAGGAAAAAAGCAGACGAGACAGAACAGCGCACACAAACCACACCCCCUCGCAGCCUGCCAGUAGAGGGAGCCAACGACUUCCUGCAGCUGCUGAAGAGCCACAAGGAGAAACUGGAGGAAGCCAUGAAAGAACUGAAGAGGAGGAACGAGGAUCUGGAGAGGGACAAAGAGGAGGGAGACAAGGAGAGGGAUCGGAUGCGGCGCUGCAUCGAUCAGCUGAGAUCCAAACUGCUGCACACACAGGCCAGUUCCGGCACCGAGGAGGCGGUUCAGCUCCGCUCUGAGGCUCAGCACUCGUCUGACUGCUCUAGCCUGGCUAAGCUCACAGAGCAGCUUCAGGCCACACAGGGCAGGUAUCGAGAGCUGGAGGAGAAGCUGGAUUACCUGCAGAAGAGCUCGGCUCAGCGCGACAGAACCGAGGCUCUGCUCAAGCAGAAGGAGAAGGACUGCGCUCAGUUGGCCAAAGACUGUGAAGCCCUGAAAGCUCAGGUAACAUCCCUGCUGGGGGAACUACAGGAGAGACAGAGCUGCCUGGAGAAGAGCGAGCACGAGCGCAAAAUGCUGGAGGAGAAGCUUGGCAGUAAGGUGAAGGCGCUGCAGGUGGCAGAGCGGGAGCUGGAGCAGCAGAGGAAGCAGCACCACGUGGCCGUGGACAAGCUGAUGCUGCAGUCGCAGAGCCUGGAGCAGGCGCUGAAGACCGAGAGACACGUGGUCACGGAGGAGAGGAAAAAACUGACCCAGCUGCAGCACGCAUACACAUGUCUGUUCAGAGAUUAUGACACCCAGCUGAAGAACGAGGGAGGAGGUGUUUCCUUGCGCCUGCACGAGGCCGAGACGGCGCUGGCCCUGAAGCAAGACCUGAUUGACAAACUGAAGGAGGAAGUGGAGCAGCUGAAAGGCUCUCUGGAGACGGUGCCUGUCCUCACUGCACAGGCUGAGAUCUACAAAGCAGAUUUCCUUGCAGAGCGAGAAGCCCGCGAGAAACUGAACCAGAAAAAGGAGGAGCUGCAGGACCAGCUGAAUCAUGCCAAGGCAGAAAUCGACAAGCUCAAUUUGGAAGCGGCAUCACGUGCACACAUGGAGCAAAUGAAGCUGAGACACGUAGAUGACUUUUCCACACGGUACCCCCUCAUUGCCGCCCCACAAGGAGUCCUUCCUGGUGCCGGUUUCAACACGGUGCCUGCGGCGCCGUCCUUCCGUCACGUUCCGGUCAGCGAUCCGGGAGCAGUGGGAAAUGAGGAGCUGCCGGAUUUAUGUUGUCCCAAGUGCCAGUACCUGGCCCCAGACAUGGACACGCUGCAGAUACACGUCAUGGAUUGUAUACAGUAACAUGGGUAGCAUGACAAAUACUGUAUAUAUUUAUACAUGUUCUAGUAUAAUAGCAUUGGGUGUAACUGUGUGUCUGUGCUCAGCUGCAGCCCGGAAACGUGUCUGUGAAUUGCACCUUACUCGCUCUCCGCACAGAUGAAAACACCAAAUUUGUUGAGAGUUAGAUCAAUCAGCUCGAUGAAAACAGACCCAAACCAGAAUUAGCAUCUUUGCUCUCAAUAACAGCUCCUUCCAUUCAGAUUGUCAUCCUUUCAUCUAUGAUCCUUUUAUGUUCCCCCUCAUUCCUGCAAACGUUCAUCACUGUUUCCACGAUUCCUCCUUUUCGCCGCUGCCUUUUUUAGCUCAGUUCUUCACCCCAAAGGCACUAAGUAGCUAUCAUUUACCUCCAUCAUUCAUCCAUCAUCACAUCAGUAUUUAUUGGACCUAAUACUGAGCUGACAAAUCAGUGUUAUUUUGCCCAGAGAGAAGAACGGGCGAGAAAAUGUGAAUUAGUAUCUAGUGAGCUUUAAUGUUGGGGAAAAUCCACAUAUGUUUGGUAGUAAAUGUAGACAUCAGCACUAAUCAAAAUGUAUUAUUACAUAUGAGAGAUGGAAUGACUCUUCUUGAAAACGUUCCAUUCUCUGUGUCGUGUGCCUGUGGAAAUGUUGAACUCUGCUGCUGCUUAACUCCCGAGCCUUCCUCAGCUCCUCUUCCUCCCUAGAUCCGUCUUAUCUACACCCAGCUGCUUCUCUAUAUGAAUGUAAGAGUAUUGACGUUUUGUUGCAGUUUCUGUGAAUAUUGUUUGUCAUAAAAGGUCAUUUGAUGCAAAGUUGUUGGGGGUCUAAAUAAAAUAAAUUGGAUUAUUCAAA